CCCUCGCUUAUUCCUCUACAGGGUAUUACAAUUGAAUAUCGUUUACAUAGCCCCUGCUGCACAGCUGCCACUCGCCGGCUCGUGGUCAUGGCCUUGAUCUCAGUGGCUCGCGCGAUGGCCUCUUAGCCGCCCGAUGCGGCCAACUUGUGAUAAGAAACUGUUUGGCUUAGCGCUGGAGUGCGCUGCCUUCGUACGAGGCUGUCCGCCGAGCUGAGCCUUGCUACAAUUAAGCCAAAUUGACGCCUCUGUCGGGGCAGUUGCCGUUAACGAUGACAGCGAUGCAAGUGGACAGCCAGCUCGUUAUAGAACAACUCAGCCCAGAGGGCGAAAGGCGAUGCCUAGAACCCAAACGAGAACUAGAACCAGCCAGAACCUGAAGAGGCGAGCCGACGGUUUUGGUAUAAAAGGACCUGAUGGCAGCUAGCCUAAUGCAGUAAGAACUUCAGAGUUCUAGACGCAGCUUCAACUUACAUUUCAGCAUGCAAUUCCUGGUGCUCUCUCUGGUGGCCUCCAGCUUGGCGCUGGCCCACGGUCUGGCCGUCUACUCCAGCUACCCGUUGUUGUACACGGCUCAGGGCAGCGCCGUCGUGACGCCCACGCAGCAGCAGUAUCAAACCCAGGACGUACUGGGUCAGUAUGCCUACGGCUAUGCUGAGCCGCACUCCAGCAAGCAGGAGUUCCGCAGCAUCGAUGGCAUCACUCGCGGCAGCUACAGCUACCGCGAUGCCGCUGGCAAGCUGCAGACCGUGGACUACAGGGCCGACGACCAGGGCUUUCAUGUGGCCGCCACAAACUUGCCGCAGCAGUUUCGUGCGGUCAGCUCGGCAGGCGGAGCUGCAGACAUUUCCGCUGCAACUGCCGCCGCCGCUGCCAACAAUCGUGCUGACGCCGUCGAAGUUGCCGCCGCAACUACUCGCCAUCUGGCGGCUCAUGAGGCGGCUCGACUGCAUCUGGCGCAGGCUCAACAGUCAGGCGGAGCUCAGCCAGGCGGCCGCUCAAAUGUGGGCCUGCCUCUUCCCGUCGCCGACACAGCCGAGGUAGCUGCCGCCAAGUCGAUCCAUCUGAAACGCGUCGCCUCCGAAGCCCUACGCAACGAACUGAUCAGCGCUCGAUCCGUGCCCAGCACCAGCUCCCAUGUCAUUCUGCCCGUGCAUUCAAUCUACAGCAUUCCACGCUAUUACAGCUCCGGUUUCUAUGAAAUCCAAAAGAAAACGAAGAUGCAGCCACUGAACUUGAGCUUUUAUCUCUGCCUGCUGCUUGCACCACUGCACGCUGCUUGGGGUGGCUCACUGCUGGACUAUGGCGCACCACCGGCAGCCGGCACCAUCACCCAGUACCACAGCCAGGACGAGCACGGCCAGUAUGCGUACGGCUAUACGGCUCCGCUCUACUCCAAGCACGAGACACGCACCGCAGAUGGCGUCACGCACGGCUCCUACAGCUAUGUGGAUGCCCGGGGAGAGCGCCAGACGGUGGGCUACACAGCGGAUGCGUCGGGUUUCCGCAUCACCUCGAGCAGCCUGCAGCAGCAGCCGAACAAGGAGACGCCCGAGGUUGCCCAGCUGCGCGCCCAGCAUCUGGCUGCCCAUGCAGAGGCCAAGCUGCGUUUGGCUGGCGGCUCAACUUUGUCACCUAUACAGGAUACACCAGAGGUGGCGGCCGCCAAGGUGGCUUUCUUCAAGCGCUUCGAGGCGGAGAAGCUGCGCCAUCAGCUAACCAAGCCUGCUGCCAUCAAGGCAGCCAUUCAGCCCAGCUACAACAUCAUUUCGCAGCCCCUGUACGUCUAUCGGCCAGCCAGCGGCUACAUUUACAAAUACAAUUCCCUGCUGAAGGCGGCACCACUCACACGUGCAUAUCUGCCUGUGGCUUAA